GUGAACCUAAAUUGUGUUUUUAUUAAAAAAAUUAAAUAAACGUUAUCAAGAGAACGCUUUGUAAAGAGCGCAAUGAUGAAAGCCAAUACGCGUCGAUUUGAAUGAUAGCACUGAUCACAGUGUUUUACUUAUUUGCGGUUUGGAAUUUCCGAAAUAAAUAAUUUUUCUGAGAAUGCUGCACUGGCCAAGAUAUAUUUACUAAAUGUGGACUAGUCAAUUCAUAUAUGGUUUUUGGCGUAAGAAAUAAUGGUAAAAAAGUGAAAAUGACUACCAUGGAAGAAGGAGAAUCUACUUCUGCCGAGGAAACACCUGCAGGAAAUCCUGAUGAACUCACUAAGAAUCCGACAGCUCUAAAAGAGGCUCAUGAAGAAAUGGCUACUUUAGAUGUUCUGGUAUGUGGGCAGUGUCACUCUGCAUUCCACUAUGUAGAUGAGUUCAAAGAACAUAAGGAUGGGGAUAACUGUACUGGAAAAUCGCCUGUAAGAGAUAGUAACGAGAGUAAGGCGCAAGUGUGGGCAUUCCUGCUGUGGAAGUGUUCAUCAGUCAGAGACGGGUCCACCACAAAUGCAGACAACAGUUGGAAGCUCUACCAGCAGUGGUGUCGCAUGCCGGAGGCGCAGAGGACUGCGUGGAUCACAGCCGGGGCUAAUGUGCAGGCUCUCUCUAAGUUUGCACAUGCUAAAGUUAUGGAGCUCAAGGGUGAAGACCAGCUGGUUCCUGUACAGACACCUUCAGACACUCAAGUCAAGAGGAGAGGCAGGCCAAAGAAAUUGAACAAAGAAGACACAGAGAUACAACCCUCGGGUGAAGAAAGCGAUGAUGUCAAAGCCAGCCCAGCAAUGAAGAUACUUGUAAAUAAACUGCCAAUGUCUACCACAGUCACUAAGAAGGAAACAUCAACGGAGUCGGUACGUAACGCGCAAGAACGCGUGCCCCCCGAGGAGAGGAUCGCGCGUCGCACGGAGCGCGAGGGCGGCACGGGCGCUGAGGCGGGCGAGUACGUCGUGGAGAAGAUACUCGCCAAGCGUUUCAACCCGCGCCGGAAGCACUAUGAGUAUCUGCUCAAGUGGGACGGCUAUCCGCAUGAGCAGAACACUUGGGAGCCAGUGGAGAACAUGGAGACAUGCAAGCACUUGCUAGAGGCGUUCGAGAAGCAGCUGGCGCGGCAGAAGGAACUCAAGGCCUUGCGUGCGCAGCAGCAGCAGCAACAGCAACAGCAUCCUGUGCAGGUGAAGCAAAUUAGCACUCCAGUACCUCAGGUUGUGAAACAAAUGGUGAAGAAGACUGACACCAAACCAGCUUUGACUCCUACAGGCCGUCUGCAACGCACAAGCAAAGCGCGCGCGUUGGACCAAGUGAAGGCGUGGUGCGGCGGAGCGGACGACGAGCCCGCCAGCAAGAAGAUAAAGCGCGAGCUCUCCAGCGAUGAGGACUACUCCGACGCGGAUUCCACUAAAGCGGAUAUCAAACCUGUGAUCCCCAUUCCGGAAGUGACUGAGAAGAAAAUAUUGAACGGGCAGCCUUCCCCCAAAGUAUCAUCCAAUAUUGAUCCCGAGUUGGUGAAGACUUUGGGCUUGGCGGGCAAAGGGAUGCCUAACAUCAAAGGUGUCAUUAAAGUGGAUCCCAAGCAUAUGCCGAAUCUUAGUUCUGGUGUAUACAUUAUGUCCAAGAGUUCUGGUAUAAUGAAAAUUGACUCGCCCGGCAAGUUAGGGCCGGGUCUCAAUAUAGACCAAGAUGUGAUCAGAAAACAAAUUCAAGCAGCUAAACAAAAAAAAAUAGAUGAAGCUAAAAAGCAGACACCAAUCAACACGCCGCCACCACAAAUAAGGAAAGCGUAUGGCGCUGGUCAACAAGUGACGGAGAAGACAAUAAUAACGCCGUCGGGUCAGAAGAUCAUCCAGCGCACGAUACAGAGGACGUUAGGCGGCCAGCAAGCUGAUGGAAAAUCUCCAGUCACUAUUCUUAACAAGAAACUGGCACAGGGCGACAGCCUAUUGCGCGGCGGAUCUCCGAGGGGUGGGAUGCGCGGGCGCGGGCGCGGCUUCUCAGUGGCGACUUCCGCCGGGAACAUUGUCCGCAUGCGAGAGAAACCCAUCGCUAUCGAGUUUGAUAAGUGGGAAGCAUCGUCGGACUCGUCGGACGGCGUGGAGGACCCGUUCCCGCGCGAGCUGGGCCCCGUGCCGUCGCCGAGCCCCGAGCGCGAGCUGACGCUGUGCCCGCUGACGGGGCGGCGCAUGGCGCGCGCGGAGGGCGAGCCUACGCCGCCGCCCACGCCGCCGCCGCAGCCGCCCGCCACGCCGCCGCCCGACCCGCAACACGGCACCAUGUUCAUGAAGGUUGAAAUGUCACCAGGUGGCACAACUGGCAUGGUGGUCCAGGGUGACGGAGCACAACCUUCAUUACCUGUGCUAACUGACGAGGAUGGAACGGAAGUGAAGGUGGAGGCGAGCGCGGUGAAGCAACUAUUAGAGAGCGGAGUGGACGUGGACGAUGGCGAGGAGGUGGGCCUGCAGUUGCACGCGGCGCACCCGCCCAUCAUGAUACGCGGGGAAGACGGCGUGUUGUACCAGGUUGCUGGCGAAAAUGAGGAUGGCCAAACGUUACUAGUGGCAGCGGAAGGUGUGGAGGGCGCCGACGGGGACGGCGACGGGGUCAUGUACGUCACGCGCGAGGAUGGACAGACGCUAUUAGUGGCGACGCAGGGCGUGGAAGGCGCAGUGCAGGGAGUCGAAGGCGCUGUAGAAGGUGAAGCUGAAGGUGUCACCUAUGUAACUAGGGAAGAUGGACAGGACGUGCUGUCGAUAGACCCGUCGCAGCUGGCGCAGCUGAUGCCGGGCGGCGAGGCGGGCGCGCUGCAGCAGGUGGCCGUGCAGGUGGAGGGCGAGCCCGGCGAGGACGCCACGCAGGUCAUCGCGCAGCUCGUGCAGGCGGACCUGCCGUCGCCAGGUGGCACUCGGCGCGUGGUGCUCUUACUACCUGACGGCAGUUUCACCAUGACUGAAUUGGACAAGGACCAGUAUGAAUCAAUAACUGAAGCGAGUAAAGCUCAGGAGUGAAACUAGAAAAAAAUGUUGACUGCUCAGUCUAGGUGACUUGUAAAAUAGACAAUCCAAUAGACAGAUAAGACAUUCAAUUUUUAUAUAGUUAAUUAGGUCAGGACCUGUAUCAGGAAUGGAUAUCAUUGUAAUAUCAAUACGCGCUCUUAUAAAAGUGGUACAACUUUUAAUCUAUACUAAUAUUGUAAAGAGGUCUACUGAACCGAUUUUGAAAAUUCUUUCACCACUAGAUAGCCAGGUUAUAUAGGUUAUAUUUUUCUCCACAUUCUCACGCGUACGAGAAAUACGCUAGUGAAACCGCGGGCCGUCAACUAGUCAUUAAUCAAUUGAAACAAGUUACGAGGCCAAAUUAUCACCUGUAAUUUUGAUGUUAUAUCAAAGUUUCGAUUAAUUGAACUAAAUGAUUAAAAUUCGAAUAAUCGAGAUUACAGUCCGAAUUUAAUGUUAAGAGAUUAUUUUUCAAAGUUGUUUCCUUUAGGCCUAGCAUGCGUCGACAAUUGAAGAAAAAAGAUGUAGUAUCUCCAUGAUGUAGAUUCUUAUACAAAUAUAUUCAAUUAAGGGUCAAGUUAUGCCACUUUUGUACAGGGUGUUCAUUUGAUAGUGAAUUAAAAUUAUUAUAAUGUAUAUAGUAAGGUAAUAUAGGUUAAGCUUUUUGACUUUAUAAAAAAUUCAGCUCAUAAAAAAACCAAUUAGAAAUAGGCUUGCAAUUUUUUUUUAGAAAAAAAUGUUUGGGACACGUUUAGUCAAUUUUAAUUUUUUUUUUUUAAAAAUUUCUAAUUUUUAUAUUGUGUGCACAAAAUAGAUACAACAUUUUUAUAUUCAAAAUUCAACUUGACUUUUCAUAUUUGACAAUAUAAACUUAUUAUUAUUAUCAAAUAAACACACUGAGUGUACAUGAGUUUUUAAACUCAAAACAAAUAGUUCUAUGAGUUGAGUUAUAUUCAAACACAGUUGCCAAAAGUUUAUCUAUUGAUUGCGAGAAACCUUUUUUGCUGCGACUUUGAAGCUAUGUGUUUUGAGUCUGAACUUUCAUACUAGGCUCUGCUAGACUAGUUGGAAAUGAUUGAGAAACAUAAUUCCUUUCAGUAUUUGUGUUUAAUUCAUUAUGCCCUUGCGCCCAUGUUUAUUACAAAGCUUUUUUUUACAAAUUUUUUGUUAUUAAAAUAUAUUGGUCUAUGCCAAAUAUUCAUUCAUUUAACAUUCUCUUCUGGUUUAAAAUGAAAAAUGGGUGGUAUACACACCAAUACAACAAAAAUAGGGCAAGGGAAAAUCCCUAGAAAUUUUCCAAAAAAAAAUAUCUAUUAUACUUUUUCAUCCUCUAUGACAUAGACUAAAGCCAAACUAUGUGCCACGUUUAUAAACAAACAAAUUAGAAAUUAUAGUAAAGGGUGAAUUUUAUUUCAUACCUAAUUUGUUAAAAAUUGAGUGUUAUUUAAAAGAUUUUAUUCAUUACACCCUCAUUUUUAAUUUGUUUGUUGAAUCACUGCACAUCGAGAGUUAAUAUAGGCUUACUCUUCCGAUUUAAAUAGAUCUCAAACUGUGACAUAAUUUUCGUAAAAUUUUAAAAAUGGCAACCGGUUAUAAACUUCGAACCCCCUUUACCAGAAAUUUAUGAGAUGUCCAACAUAAAGUGGUUUUUACUAGUUAUUAUUGAUGUUUUAACUGCCUAAAAAUUGUUUAUUUACAUUUGUCUGACAAAUUGGAUUUAAUUAACUGUUGAACUAUGUAGAUAUUGUGAACUAAAUAUACUUUUGUUUAAUUGUAAACCUACAUUUAAUGAAUAGAUGUAACAUUAUUGUAAUAAAUGUUUGAAUGAAACUCCAUGAAUCAUUGUACUAUAUCAUAUCCGUUUAUUUAUAAAUAAAACCAUAUUUACAUUAUA